AUGUCGAGCACAGCAUCAAGCAGCGCACCUUCUUCUGAUGGCGUCAUUCGCUCCCGAGUAACUGAGGCUUUGCAGAUCUCAGGGUACCGCUUUACCAAUGCAACACACAUCCCAACCACCGAUCACUACGAUAACGUCACUCUUGUCAAUGGCUACCGCGUAUCGGAUAAGCGAGCAGUGGUUGCCAAGGUAUCCACCAACAGCCUGCAAAUUGAACGCGAGUAUUACAUCAUAAGGCAACUCUAUCAGACAGCUGAUGGUCCUUCAUAUCUUGUGCGUCCCUUGGAGUAUGCUUAUUUGUCGUCAAGCGGACUUGCCGUUGCCAUUUAUGCCGACGCCCAUGGCGACCGAUCAUCCAAUCGCACCAUUGACGACAUUGGCACUUUCCUACGAUUAGCAAUACGGUGCACAGACAUCAUGGAAUUCAUCCAUCGCCACAACACUAUCCAUGGUCAACUUAAUAUGGGAUCAUUCUGCUGGAACAGCAAUGAUACCACCGAUACUACACGCUUAUGGAACUUUGCAGGCAGUGGCAACAGCGCAUCGUUUGAAAAGUAUCUCACAAGCGAAGGAUGGAAAAAGUAUCAAAACAGCCAAGCCAUCAUGGAGAGCCAACUCAUGUACAUCAGCCCUGAACAAACAGGCCGCACCACCUACAUUGCUGAUCAUCGUGCCGAUAUCUAUUCCUUGGGCAUCAUAUUCUUUGUAUUGCUGACAGGCCAAAUGCCUUUUCAUGGAGGACCCUUGAAGAUUGUCAACAGCAUUUUGAGUCGUAAAAUGCCAGCUGUGCAUGAUAUCCAAUUGAAUGUCCCUGAAGUGAUAUCGCGGAUCAUUGAAAAGAUGACAUGCAAGAACCCAGAGGAGCGAUACAUGAGUAUGCACGGUGUCAAAUGCGACCUGGAAGAGUGUCUCCACCGAUUGAAAACAAGUGAUACUAAGACUAUCGACUCGUUUCCAUUGGCACAACGUGACAUUGCGUCCGUGUUUAUGAUACCACGAAAUGUUUAUGGUCGGCAAGCUAUCAUUUCUGAUAUGGUGAAUAUCAUCGAGCGAUUUGUGAGUCAAUACAAGCCUUUGAAGAUCCACAGUAACAAGCAAGGCGCUACUCUUGCAACAUCCAGCAGCAGCGAUCCCGAUUCUUCAGAACACAAGUCAGCGUCAAGCCCGAAAUCAUUGCAUGGUCAUGAUAGCAGUGAUGUUUCCAGUGUUAGUAGUAGGCUUGUAUCAGUCAAUGGAAAGCAAGUAGCUACUGUGAUUGGAAUUUAUGGACCUGGAGGCAUUGGAAAAUCGACGUUGUUCAACUCUAUACAGCCUUUGGCCCGAAAGAGUGGCUAUAUUACAUCUACCAAGUUUGAUUCAAGGAACAAGGUCCCAUACAGUGGGUUGCUACGGUUGAUGUCGCAGGCGCUACAGCAAAUCUUAUCCGAGACCGAAGAAGAAGUUUAUCGAUUUUUCAAUCACUUGAAAGCAUGGCUUGGUGCACAAUUUUCCAACAUUUCAGUACUGGCGGAUUUGGUACCAGAGCUCAAGUCAUUGUUGAUUGCUUCUGGACACAAGGAUGAAAAUGCGAAUACCGAGAUAUCGAUGAAGGCCGAUAAUGCUGAAGCUCGUUUACGUUUCCACAACCUUUACGUUGAAGUCUUUCGUGCCGUGUCACAUUGGCGUAUGGUGACUAUUUUUAUUGACGAUAUCCAUCAAGCGGAUGAUCCUUCAAUCGAUUUAUUGCUAGCGCUGCUUCUAUCAAGAAUCAACAUCCUUGUGUUUAUGUCAUAUCGUGAUCAGGAGCUGAAUGAAAAGCAAUCUGGAAUAUUGGAGAAUGAAUUUGCCAACAUCCAAUUUAUCGAGGUCGGCACAUUGAAGCUGGACGCAUUGACCGAUUUCGUUUGUGACACACUACAUCGAUCACGAGACACCGAUCGCGACUAUGUCACUCCACUUGCGUUGGCGAUACAAAGGAAAACCAACGGCAAUGCGUUCUUCUCGGCACAAUUGUUGCAGAUGCUGGAACGUAAAAAGAUCAUUUACUUCAAUUGGGAAUUCAAUGUUUGGGAAUACGACCUUGCAAGAAUUGAACAAGGCACCUACUUGGAGACAAUGGAAGAGGAUGUUUCAUUCAUGGUGAAUCGGCUGAAAGAACUACCGCGUCAUGGUCAGCGAUUGCUCAAGAUGGCAUCAUUUGUCGGUGAUACUUUCUCAUGGUCGAGAGUGAAGGCGUUAAUGGAGGAGACAUUUUCUGAUGAUGGGAACGACGAUGGUAGCAACGAUGGAGAUGCAAGCAGCUUAUUAUCAGCCGAGUCGAUAACCGACACAAGCGUGUUCAGCAGGAAGAGCAAGUCGACCGAAGGCACUGUAUGUGAAGGAAGGAACCAUCAAAAGAGCUAUGAUCCAAUCAGCGGACUACAUGCAGUGAUCCAGGAGGGAUACGUUAUGCAGCUUGGUGCAGAUGAAUUCAAAUGGAGUCAUGAUCGUAUCACGCAAGCAGCUGGUGAGCUGGUGAAGCCCGAUGUAAGGCGCAAGAUCCAUUUCAUGAUUGCACAGCAAAUGAUGCAAGAGGAGGAUAUGGACGUAUUUCUGGUUGCGGAUCAUCUUUUGAAAUGCCUUGAUCUAUUAUCAUCUAUGGACGACAAAUCACCCUUUCAUGAGCUCUUCAUCGAUGCAGGCAACAAAGGACGGCAAUCUGGUGCACAUGACAUGGCAUUCAGCUAUUACAAGGCAGCAAUCCAACUCAGUGAUCCCGAAAAGGAAUGGGAUGAUGAUAAUUAUCCUAUUACCUUGCAGCUCUAUACGAAUACCAUGGGACUUAGCUUUGUGUUGGGCAACAAUGAAAUGACCGAGAAUUUGGGGGAGAUCAUCUUUAAGCAUGCCAAAACACCCUUGGAGCGCAAGACUGCUUACUUGAUCCAAUCACGCUAUUAUCUAUCGCAACAAAAGCCGUUUGAAGGACGAGACACUUUGCUUGCUUGCUUGGAAGACCUUGGCAAUGAGAAGCUCACGUUUGAGAAUGCCGAGGAAAAAAUGCGGCAGGAGCUUGAUCAACUGGAGAAAGCGACCGGAGAUAUGGAUGUCGAUGAGAUUGCCAAUAUCACAUUAUCGGAUGAUCCUUACGUCCAUGCAACCGCUGAGGUUAUGGGAGAAUUGUUACAUUUGUUGUAUUGGACUGGACAAAAGCAUGCUUUGAGCGCAUGUGCAUGCCUUGUAUUGAAUAUGUGUCUUCAACGGGGCAUGGCUCCAGGUGCUAGCGGGGCUGGCUCAUACUUAGCAGGGAUCGGCUACCUUGAGUUGCUGAAGAAUCAUGCAGCGGCCAACAAAAUGGCAAAACUCGGUGUCAUCAUUGCUGAUCGACAUGGCGGGAAUCAAGAAAAGGCCCAAGCCUACAUCAUACAAGCGAUAUUUGUGGAUCAAUUUGUACAUCAUAAUCGAUACGCGUUACCUAUGCUUGAAGCUGCAACACAGCAUGCCUUUGCCGCAGGAGAUCGUCAUUUCACAAAUUACGGCAAAAUUCACUACAGCAUGGUUCGUUUGUCUGUGGCACGCCAUUUAAGCGAUGUACUGCCUAUUGCAGAAGAAUGCUAUGAAGAAGUGCACAAAUGGUCUACUGCUGCGGAGUCAAAUGCAAUGUCCAUCACGAUUGUAAGAGCCAUCAAAGCAUUACAAGGGCGAACGUAUUGGGAUACUGAUAACGUCUAUGAUGGUGACGAUGGAUUCAACGACGAGCAUUUCCUCACUGAGAGCUUCAAGCAAAGCCCGAAUUCUGUUCUCGCUCUUAACUGGUAUCAGACCUACAAGAUCAUCCCCUUGACAUUGUACGAGCGAUACGAGGCAGCCAUUGAAGUUGGAGAAUAUUGUUUCAGCGUCCGGGAAAACGUUCCAUACCUCAGGCACACACGGGUAGCAUAUUUUUAUUAUUCAAUUGCUCUCAUUGGAUAUGCGCGUGAGCACAGCGAAGCAUUGGAGAACUGUCUGAAGCAAGUGGAUCAGAAUCAAAAUCUCGUACAUGAAUGGGUGGCGGUGAGCCGUGUCAAUUAUAUCACUUUAUGGACAUUGGUGGAAGCAGAGAUUGCGAGUCUUCAAGGAGACAACGCCAUCAAAGCCAUAUUAUUGUAUGAAGAAGCCAUUAAUCAUGCUCGCGAGGGAGAAUGGUGCCUGGAACUUAGUAUUGCACAUGAAUUGGCUGGAGGAUUCUAUUACCGCCAAGGGAUUUACAAUGUUGCAUACAACAUGAUCAAGAAGGCAGUGGAUCUUUAUACGGCAUAUGGCGCAUUUGGCAAGUCGCGUCAUCUUAAUGGAAAAUACGCUGAUUUGCUCAGCUCAUUCAACGAUGAUCGAAUCGAGAGCCGUGAUAAGAGUGCACAAACGGAUCCAUUCCCUCUAUUGGCAGCUCCCCUUCACCAACAGCAUCCGCAACAAUCAUGGAGCAGCUCUUCGUAUGACCGCAUUGAUAGCAGCCCGGUAGCUGAUGAACCCUAUAACUCGGAGUCAAUACCACCUAUCACAACAGAGCAAACAUUGGUGACAUUGGAUAUUAUCGACAUGGCAUCCAUUCUCAAGAGCUCCCAGGUGCUUUCAUCCGAAGUCAAGUCCGACGCAUUGCUGAAGAAUAUGAUGCAGAUUAUUCUUGAGAACUCCGGUGCUGAUCGAGGUGCUAUCAUUGUCAAGGAGACCAAAUUUGGAAUCGGUGCCUAUGGCAACCAGCAAAAAGAGGACACGAUUGUCACAUACGAAGAACCAGAACGUAUUUCGAAGAGUAGCGUCAUGGUAUCGAGCCAAAUCAUCAACCACACAAUCCACACCUCUGAGAGCAUUUUCAUUCCUGAUGUCGAGCAGGAUGCACGAUUUGCUGUUGGACCAUGGUUUGAGCGUGCUGGCAAGAAAUCAGUAAUCUGCAUGCCGAUCAUACACAAGAUGACGACUGUUGGUUGCAUCUUUCUUGAAGGUGCUAUUGGGAUCUUUACGCAACGUCACAUUACAGUGCUUGGAUUACUAUAUCAGCAAAUGGGUAUUUCAUUGACCAAUGCUUCAUUGUUCAAAUCCGUGCGACGUGUUACAACCGCCAACAUGAAGAUGAUUGAGAUGCAAAAGCAAGCAUUGGAGGAAGCACGACGUAGCAAGGAAGCAGCUGAUAAGGCGACUCGAUUACGAGAGAUCUUUUUGGCCAACAUGAGCCAUGAAAUUCGAACACCGUUUUCAGGAUUCUAUGGCAUGAUCACAUUGCUGUCAGAGACAAAGCUUGAUCCUGCACAAUACGACUUGGUGCGAACGGCUAAAUCAUCAUGUGAAGGAUUAUUGCAGAUCAUCGACGACCUACUCAACUUUUCAAAGCUACAAGCCGGCAAGGUUUCUCUUGAUUUGGCACCAGUGCAUGUGGAAGAGCUCAUUGCCGAUGUGAUUGAUAUGCUGAUUGCCAUUGCUAUUCAAAAGCGUAUCAAUGUUACGUACACGGUUGCAGAGGAUGUACCAGCCGUUGUAAUGGCGGAUGCCAACCGGCUCAGACAGAUCAUCAUCAAUUUACUUGGGAAUGCUGUCAAGUUUACGCACCAUGGCGAAAUCAGCAUUCGAUGCUCCAUUGACGGCCGCAAAAAGAAGGCUGUAGACAAGGAAUCAUAUGUCGCAUUGCUGUUUGAAGUGAUUGAUACAGGCAUUGGCAUCAGCGAGGAGCAGCGUAAGGUGUUGUUUAUGCCAUUCUCACAAGUGGAUGGUAGCACCACUCGUAAGUAUGGUGGUACUGGCCUUGGUCUUUCUAUUUGCCUUCAAUUGGUCUCUUUGAUGAAUGGGGAUAUCGAUGUUGUGAGCGAGACAGGAAAAGGAUCCAAUUUCCGCUUUGCAAUCGAGGUUUCGCCGGUGUAUGAUCAAUCCCGAAGAUUCACUGAAGCAAUGCAAGCAAUAUCCAAGAGUUUUAUCAAAACACGAGUCCUUGUUGCGGAUACACAUCACGCCACAGUGGAUAUGAUGACCAACUUCCUUCCGAAUUUACCACUUGAUGGAGUAUCUGAUUAUGCAGAGUUGCAACAGGAGACACCUUAUGGAGUUGUCAUUGUGGGAUUGCUUCUGGAUCACAAAGAAGGAACACUACGGCGCUGGGAAAAGGAGCUCCAAAAGAUUAUGAAGCGUGCCAAGGUUACGGUUAUCAUGCAUUAUCCCUUGGGAACUAGCAAUGUUCAAGGUAACAUCGGAGGUGUUGGACCUAUUCUCGAAGCAGCAUCAUCGUCAAUGGAGCAAGAACAGCAACGUCAGCAACAGCAACAGCCAUUCCACAUAUCAUCAUAUGGCUAUCUUGAUGAGCAACAAAACAUUGUGCGUAUGGGAGUUCCAUUGCGACGUAACAAGCUUUUGAGGAUGCUGGCAGGAUUUCUCAAGGAGGAUGAUCCAAGUAGUACACCAGCACCCAAGACGCGGCCAAACAUCUUUGCACGUAUCAGUAGCAGUGAGAUCAAGCUUGCCAUUGAGACGAUACCAGAGGAACAUCGUAAAGCAUUCAAAAAGACCAAUGUCCUGGUUGCAGAAGAUAAUCCUGUUGCACAAAAGCUGCUAUGCAAGCAAUUGAAACGAUAUGGCUUUAACAUCACAUGUGCUAACAAUGGAGCUGAAGCGAUUGCUGCAUGGACCAAGCGACCGGUUGGAUACUUUAAGAUGGCUCUGUUUGAUCAUCACAUGCCCAAAUGCGAUGGUGUGGAGGCGACCAAGACCAUUAGGAGAAAUGAAAAGGAGCAAAAUAGCAAGAAGCGAUUACCGAUUGUGGCACUCACAGCAGACAUACAAGAUAGUGCAAGAGCAAUUUGCGUGAAUGCUGGCAUGGAUGGAUAUCUAACCAAGCCUUUGAAUGAGUUUGCUCUACUUGAAUUUGUUAAACAAUAUUGUAUCGAUCGAUAA